GAUUAAGGAAUGGGUUGAUCAAAUGCAGAAGGAGCUCGUCACCUUGGCAGACACAGCCACGGCUGGGAAGAGCCUCACUCAGAUUUUUCUGAGAAACAAGCAUCUCUAUUCUGUAGAGCAAAAUGACGCAGAAGAGCUGGUGGCCAGAGCAGCCAGGAACAUAGAACAGCUGUUGCGGAAGAGGUCUGCUGCCUUGGAGAAACUGGCCACAGCUGCUGAGGUAUUCCAGAAGGAUCAUGUGUGGAAAGACGAAUUUGAGGAUGAUGAAAUUGCCUACUAUAAUGCAAAGGACAAUCUGGAUGCAAAUGAGACAGAGGGGAGAAAAUACAGGAUUCGACCAGACUUUAAAGAGGAUCCUUCAUUCAAACGGUUGACUGAUCACAACCAUACAGCUGUCCACAUUCCCACUGACAUCUAUGAUGGCUCCACCAUUGUGCUGAAUGAGCUCAACUGGACAGAGGCAUUGGAGGAUGUCUUUAAAAAGAACAGAGAGGAUGACCCAACACUUCUUUGGCAGGUGUUUGGGAGUGCUACGGGCCUGGCUCGCUACUACCCAGCCUCUCCGUGGAUGGAUGCCCGCAAGACUCCCAGCAAAAUUGAUCUGUAUGAUGUCCGCAGGAGGCCAUGGUACAUCCAAGGGGCUGCCUCACCCAAAGAUAUGCUAAUCCUUGUGGAUGCGAGUGGGAGCGUCUCUGGUUUAACUCUCAAACUUAUCAGAACAUCUGUCAGUGAGAUGCUGGAGACACUGUCUGAUGAUGACUACGUCAAUGUUGUUUAUUUUAACACCAGGGUGAAGAACACAGCCUGUUUUGACCAUCUGGUUCAGGCCAAUGUGAGGAAUAAAAAGCUGCUGAAAGAUGCUGUGCAGAACAUCACAGCCAAAGGAAUUACAAAUUACACAAAAGGCUUCGAGUUUGCUUUUGAGCAGCUCUAUACGACUAAUGUGAGCAGCGCAAACUGCAACAAGAUCAUCAUGCUGUUCACUGACGGAGGAGAAGAACGAGCUCAGUCCAUUCUGCAAAAAUAUAAUUCAGACAAAAAGGUCAGAAUUUUCACCUUUUCAGUUGGACAACACAACUAUGAUAAAGGACCAAUCCAGUGGAUGGCCUGCUCCAACAAAGGUUACUUCUAUGAGAUCCCUUCCAUCGGAGCCAUCAGAAUAAACACACAGGAAUACCUAGAUGUCCUGGGAAGGCCCAUGGUUCUUGCAGACAAACAGGCCAAACACGUCCAGUGGACUAAUGUAUAUCUUGAUGCCCUGGAACUAGGUCUGGUUAUUACAGGAACACUGCCUGUUUUCAACAGAACAAAAACCAUCGAUGACAAGAAUGAAGAGCAUCAGAAUCAGUUGAUUUUGGGUGUAAUGGGGAUUGACGUAUCUCUUGAUGACAUCAAGAAACUCACACCGCGCUUCACAAUUGGUCCCAAUGGAUACUACUUUGCUAUUGAUCCCAACGGAUAUGUUCUGCUGCAUCCCAAUCUCCAGCCUAAGAAAAGGAUUCGUAACAGGAAACUAAGGCUCAAUAAUAAGUACACUGUCACAUUUCAUGAGGAGCCUGUGACCCUGGACUUCCUUGACGCUGAGCUGGAAAAUGACAUAAAAGUGGAGAUUAGAAGAAUGAUGAUUGAUGGGGAGAUAGGAGAAAGCACUAUUGAUACUUUGGUGAAAACUCAAGAUGAGAGAUAUAUAGACAGAGGUGUCAGAACCUACACAUGGGCUCCAGUUAAUGGAACAGAUUACAGCCUGGCCCUUGUUUUACCUAAAUACAGUGAAAACUUCAUUCAAGCUAAACUUGGGGACACUAUAAAACAAGCUAUCU